UACAAACCGUGGCCGAUCAAUAUGGAAUCAUUUCCAAAAUAAAAAUAUUAAAGACCUAAAAAAGCAUUUCAUCGUUUAAACGGGAAACUAAAAUGCAUCUUCUUAAUUCCUGACAUACAUUUUAAAGUUUACAGUAUUUGUUUACAAAUGAAGAAUUCAUUUGCUUUCUUGUUUAUGUGGUUAUUUUUAUUUUCAAAAGGGCAUAAACUUAGCGAGUGGUUUCCUUUUAGCAACUGCUCAAUAAGCACACGUACACGAACUUGCAAAACUGCACAUGAAUGUAAAAAUAUUCAACUAGUUGAGACUAUUCCAUGUGUUACUCGAUGUCCAGGUUUUUGGCCGUUAAGAGAUGAAAACAACACAAGAGUAAAAAGAAACGUAAAGUUUGAUGCAAAGUUAAACCGUAAAAGUACUCUGACGAGUGGACGCCAUCUUAAUGUUGGAAGUUACCUUUCAUCAGGGAAUGGAUAUUAUGCGGUUAUGCAAGCAGAUGGAAACUUUGUUCUUUUCGUUACACAACAUUGGGUAGCAAAAAUGCAAUUUGGUCAAGUGGCUCAAAUGAUAAAGGAGAUGCCCCCAGAAGAGUUGUGAUGCAGAAUGAUGGAAACUUGGUUAUAUACGAUCUCUACAAUAAAGUGACUUGGGAAAGUAAUACUUCUCAAAAAGGGACCAAGCCACAGCGUCUAGUAAUGCAAACAGAUGGAAACUUGGUAAUUUAUGAUAAAGAAAAUAAAUCAAUAUGGGACACAAAAACGAGACGUGGCUAAUAAACAUUAUUUGAAUGGAAGUUUUUUUAAUAUAAAUGUUCAGGUUUAAUAAAGUUAACGAUUUUGCAAUCGAAAUAUUAUUUACGACAUUAACAAGAAUUUGUUAUUGUAACAUUUUUGAAUACUAUUAUUGCAGUUUUAAUCA